AGUAUCAUUUCUUACAAACCAGACUGAUGCCACGGUAUGUAUUCUGCGUUUUUCUCUGUCUGUGCAUUCGAUUCUCCUCUGUGUUUGGUGUUGAUGACGCAGAUACGGACACUAAUACUGUCCAAUUUCUCCUCAAAGAGUUUCAGUCUUUGCGUAACCGAGUAUCUGUAUUAGAAAGUUUCAUUGAAAAACAAACAGAAAUAAUUCAGGUUCAGAACGACAGAAUUGUUAAACUUGAAGCUAUAGUUAAGUCGGGGAGAUUUAAUGAGGAUAAUUUGGAGGAGUUGAACUAUUCACUUGGUGAUAUCGAGGGUGGAGCUGACCAGUCACGUGAUAACAACACUAAAACAAACCCCUUAGAAGUAGAUCGACAAAAUACCCCUACGUCGUUUAUCCAACGCAAGGCUUCACAGGAAAGAAAGCUAAAGAGAGGAGUAAGACCUGCUGCAGUACAACCGAUAGCUUUUUAUGCCUACAUGAGUAGUACCUUAAACAACCCCGGGGGACAUCACACACUGAUCUUUGACGUCACUGACACAAACGAAGGCAAUGGAUAUUAUGCACAUCUCGGUGUGUUUAUGGUUCCUAAGUCUGGAACCUAUUUCUUUUCCUGGACGAUGAGUCUAGAUUCCUCAUCAUAUCACUCUACAGAACUAAUAGUAAACACUCAGGCACAUGGUGCGAUAUAUAUUUCUACCAGCAGUAGUAAACGUGACUGUGUUACAGGGAACCUUAUCCUAAAACUCAAAGAACAGGAUGAAGUAUUCAUUCGAACAAGUGACGACUACAACUUUAAUGAGAUUGUUAGUGAUGCAUACAGUAGAACAAGUUUUUCUGGAUUUCUAAUUGCAUAGCAAGAUUCAAUAAAUUCAUUAGAAUAACAUAUAAGUUACAUUUUUCUCCUUG